CUCCCGUUCCACCCGCACCACUUCACUCUUCUCCUCCCCUUCACCUCUUCUUCUCGUAGAUCUCCCGGGGUCGCCGUCUCCGGCCACGGCGGCCGGCACUCGGAGGAGAGGCGGGGCUCGGGGCGGAGGUCGGCGGCCAUGUACAAGAACCAGCUGCAGGAGCUGGCGCAGCGGAGCUGCUUCAACCUCCCGGCGUACACGUGCCUGCGGGAGGGGCCGGACCACGCGCCGCGGUUCAAGGCGGCGGUGAACUUCAACGGGGAGCAGUUCGAGAGCCCCGGGUUCUUUACCACGCUCCGCCAGGCGGAGCACGCCGCCGCGGAGGUCGCGCUCGCGGCGCUCGCGCAGCGCGGCCCGUCCUACUCGCUCGCCGCCCGCAUCCUGGAUGAAACAGGGGUUUAUAAGAACCUUCUACAGGAAGUAGCUCAGAGAGUUGGAGCGCCGUUGCCUUCAUAUACAACAGAGCGAUCUGGCCUGGGCCACCUGCCGGUUUUCACAUGCACAGUAGAGCUCGCUGGUAUCACAUUUACAGGUGAUCCUGCUAAGAAUAAGAAACAGGCUGAAAAAAAUGCUGCUUCAGCGGCAUGGUCUGCACUGAAACAAUUGGUACGUGAUGAAGCGAAUUCAUCCAAUGAGCCGGAAAAUAAUGAUGAGCAGGAGCAGAUCAGGAUUGCUCGAGCCCUUCUCAAUUAUCGCUUGAAGGAGAAGAUGGCAAUGGCCAAUUAUCCCCAUGCUUCGCCAUUCCCCAAGAAGUUUCCCAUGCAGCCAGAGAGGAAGCCUUCUUUUGGCCAAUCUUCCCAGUCCAACUACUCGAAGAUCCUCCCUCUAUUCCGCCCUAAAUCAAAUUCAAGAUGCAGGCCAGAGUCACCAGCAUCUACUGAUGGAGCGUCUCAAACGGCUGUACGGAUCAUGGAAAGCCUUAAUCCGAAGUCAAGGUUUCCAGCGGCAGAGGCAGCCCCCUAUGUGCCAGUUGGGCACUACCGUAUGCCUUGCCAUAGCAUGGCUCCUUCAGUCACAAUCAGGACUGCCGUUCCUGUGUUCUCUGCUCCACCUCUCCCACCUCCAGCUGCACGCACGCAGCAGCAGCAGCAGCUUCCUCCUCUCAUGAGCCACCCACCACCUAUUCGGAUUGCAUCUCCAGUUCGCAUCAGGUCAGCAUCCCCAAUGUUUGGACCCUCAGCUCCAGUUCAGGGUCCGAAGCCUGUGAUGUCUGUUCAGCUGAAGGAUGUGCAGCAGCAAUCGAGGAGGGAACCUGUUUCACCUGUGAUCCCUGUUCAGGUAAAGGAUGUACAAUACCGACCAAUGAAGGGAUCAGUGUCUCCUGUGAUUCCAGUUCAGGUAAAGGAUGCACAACACCAGCCCCUUGUGGGAUCGCUGUCUGCUGCGAUCCCAAUUCAGAUGAAGGAUGUGCAAACCCAAGCACCAAAACCGAAGGAAUCACUGGCUGCUCCAAUUCCAGCGAUCAAGCCUUCGGUUAAGAUCGAGGCUCCUGCUCAAGCCAAGGAAGCUUCAGCAGUAGUUACCAGUGAAGCCCCAUGUUCUGCUGCUGGCAAUACCACCGCUGUGGAAUGCACUACAUCAUCAGACAUUACCCCGACAAGGCAAUCAAGCACUGUGGAUGGCGACGUUAGCAAGGCAGAAGCUGAGCACGAGGCUGAGGCUCAAGCAGUGGCGGAGGCGGCUAUCAGGCAGCUGGAGAUCAAUUGACUUCGAAAAAAAAAUGCUCGUCACCAUCUUCUCCCAGAUUUUGUAAUUAGCUGCCUCCCGUGCACAUUCCGUUCUGUUUAGUUCUUGGUAUGUCCUGGUUUCAAUUAGGGCUGUCUGGGCAAGCUGCGCUGUGGUAGGGAACACCUAGUUUUUCUGUUCGAGAAAAAAAAAUCUGAAAAAAAAGCACAUGUAGUGGUGGUAGGUGGUUUGCCCGGUGUUUGGUUGGAGACGGUUAUACUUCCCUGGAUAUGCAGUUGGUCUGCGUUUUACCCCAAUGAUGAGGUGGAUUGUGAGGUGCCUCUAGGGAAGGAUUAUGAGGCGGCUUUUACAUCUAAAUUCCGUUAUCCUUGUCGGCC